CAGGUUUCGAAUCUUUGCGAUGGACGACGCCAACCUGGCACCGGCCAUGGCAGACCUCGAGCAGCUCUACUUGCUGGGCAAAGGCGGCUGUGGCCGGGUCUACAAGUGCAGAGACAGGCGAACAGGCCACGACUUUGCUGUAAAAGAAAUCGAAAUCGCCGGUCGCGAAGACCGCUGCAAGCUCGAAGCCGACGCCAUGGGUCCGCUCCUCGUGCGUUCUGUGCGCUCGGCGACCACGAUGACGCUCGUCAUGCGCUACUUGCCUGGCGAGCCGCUCUACAAGUGUCUCUGGAGCUGCACGCGUUUCUCGGAAGGCUUUGCCAAAGCCUGCGCCGCUCAAAUCGCAGCAGCUAUCGUCGAGCUACACGGUCGCGGCUACAUGCACCGCGACAUCAAGAGCGGCAACGUGCUCUUGACGCGCGAUGGCCACUGCCACCUCGUCGACUUUGGCCUCGCCGCCCCGUCCGCCACACGUGCCACUGCCAAGUGCGGCACGCACUACACCAUGGCACCCGAGAUCUUUGUUGGCGACGGCUACGAUGCUGCGGUCGAUUGGUGGGCGUUUGGUGUCCUCUUGUUUGAGAUGGUUCACGGGGCACCACCAUGGCCGUACAAGAGCGACGGAAGCGCGCUACCCGCGUACGCUGCUCGCAUGCGCGCGACGGCCGCGCACCUCCCGUGGACGAGCGACGUGCCUGUCAGCGCCGAUCUCCAGCAUUUGAUAUCAGGCUUACUGCAAGUGGAUCCAGCCAUGCGCUUGGGCCCCUCGAUUCAAUCGCAUCCGUGGUUUCAGGACGUGGUCUGGGCGGAGCAUCUCGCGGCGUCAGGCCCGGAGCUCACGAUGGGGUUCCAGCAGGUCGAUGGCGCGCAGCAAGGCGUCGACAGCGCCGAGAGCAUCACGUCGGCUGAGAACUUGCAGUUUGCGGGCUUUUAGGGUAUAAUCGCAUGGCAGUAGAGUUGAGUUGAGAUAGACAAAAAACGAGAUCUUAGUUGUUCCAGCUCAGGUCGACGCCGCGAUGGCCAAGGUACUUGCGGAUGAGCGUUAGUCGGCCUCUUCGAUCGACGAGCUGAGGUUCAUGCCAAAGCUUCCGACGAUGAACGUCGGGAUAGCCAUGAGCGUCGUGCACAGCGUCAGCGUCAAAUCGACCGUGAGCAAGUAGUUUCGCUUCGUGUCGAGCUUGAGCAUCACCAUCGACUCGGUCGUCUGAAUGUUGCUCAAGAGCAGUGCGAUCCGCGACUGCGUCCCAUAAAUGUCCUACCAACCGCGUAAUUACUGUACAAAAAGCAAGGAAAUCAUACCUGGAGGCGACGCAUGCAGCUUGGUCAAGUACAACAUGUGCACGUCUUCGUCCGUCUCGAGGAGUUCCAUGAGCGCUCGCCGGAUGCC